AAUGUCUAGUUGUGUUAUGAUUUAUGCGUUCUUAGGUCAAAUAGACGCAUGCUCGUAAAAAGUGAUGUAAUAGGAGGCACUGUCAUUAAUUUCAAUUAGGUUUGGUGUAAAGGUUUUAAAUUUAUUAAAUUUUUUACAAAAAAAAAAUGGCCGCAGCUGCCCCGGACCGCAAGGGCACGUUCAAAGUGCGGUACCUGCAGCGCAUCGAGGCCGAGGUGCAGGCGAGGUGGGAGCGGGAGAAGAUACACGAGGUGGACGCUCCAGCCGAACCCAGGACCUCGCCCGACGCCAAGUUCCUCACCACGUUCCCGUUCCCGUACAUGAACGGCCGGCUGCACCUGGGACACACCUUCACCCUGUCCAAGUGCGAGUUCGCAGUGCGGUACCAGCGGCUGCGCGGCAAGCGGGUGCUGUUCCCGUUUGCGUUCCACUGCACGGGCAUGCCCAUCAAGGCGUGCGCGGACAAGCUGCGGCGCGAGAUGGAGCAGUUCGGGUUCCCCCCGCGCCUGCCCGCCGCGCCGGAGGAGAGCACGGCCCCCUCGCACGCCGGCGACGCCACGGAGCGCGACCGUAGCAAGGGCAAGAAGAGUAAGGCGGUCGCCAAGGCCGGCGGUGCGAAGUACCAGUGGGAGAUAAUGCGCAGCCUGGGGCUGUCGGACGACGAGAUCAGGAAGUUUGCUUCGCCUCACCACUGGCUGGAGUACUUCCCCCCGCUCGCGAUGAAGGACCUGCGUAGCAUCGGACUGCACGUGGACUGGCGUCGCACGUUCCUCACCACGGACGUGAACCCGUUCUUCGACCAGUUCGUGCGCUGGCAGUUCCUCAGGCUGAAGGAGCGCGGCAAGGUGAUGUACGGCAAGCGCUACACGGUGUUCUCCCCGCGGGACAACCAGCCGUGCAUGGACCACGACCGCAGCACGGGCGAGGGGGUCGGCCCCCAGGAGUACACCCUCGUCAAGAUGCGGCUGCUCGAGCCGUUCCCCCCGGCCCUCAGGGCGGUGCAGGGCAGGGCAGUGUUCCUGGUGGCGGCGACGUUGCGCGUGGAGACCAUGUACGGCCAGACCAACUGCUGGGUGCACCCGGACCUGCGCUACGUGGCCUUCGAGGCGGCGGGCGGGGAGGUGCUGGUGAGCACGCGCCGGGCCGCCCUCAACAUGGCCUACCAGGGCCUCUGCGCGCGCGACGGGGUCGUGGACGAGCUGGCGGAGCUGGGGGGCCAGGACCUGAUAGGCGCGGCGCUGCGCUCCCCUCUCACCUCGCACGCAACGGUGUACGUGCUGCCCAUGCUGACCGUGCGCGGGGACAAGGGCACGGGCGUGGUGACGAGCGUGCCCUCCGACUCGCCGGACGACUACGCCGCACUCGUCGACCUGCAGAAGAAGGAGGCCCUGAGGCAGAAGUACGGCGUGGCCGACCACAUGGUGCUGCCCUACCACCCGAUCUCGGUCAUCGAAAUCCCGGGCAUCGGGAAGAUGGGGGCAGUGACCUUGUACGAGCAGCUGAAGAUACAGAGCCAGAACGACAAGGACAAACUGCAAGAGGCCAAGGAACUGCUCUACCUGAAGGGCUUCUAUGACGGGGUGAUGCUGGUCGGAGAAUUUGCGGGGAAGAAGGUGAGUGAAGUCAAGAAGCUGAUACAGAAGCAGAUGAUUGAUAACAAAGAAGCAGUUGUUUACUACGAGCCAGAGAAGCAGAUCAUAUCAAGGUCGGGGGACGAGUGCGUGGUGUCCCUGACCAACCAGUGGUACCUCACGUACGGGGAGGAGUCCUGGAAGGCGCAGGCCCUCGCCGCUCUGGACAGCAUCAACACCUUCCACGAGGAGGUCAGGAGGAACUUCAAGGUCACGCUGGACUGGCUCCACGAGCACGCCUGCUCCAGGACCUACGGACUGGGCACGAAGCUCCCUUGGGACGACAAGUGGCUGAUAGAAUCUCUCUCCGACUCGACCAUCUACAUGGCCUUCUACACCGUCGCCCACCUCCUGCUGGAGGGCACCUUCCGGGGCGAGAAGCCCAACAAACUGGGGAUUACGGCGGAGCAGAUGACGCCCGAGGUGUGGGACUACGUGUUCUUCCGCGACGCCCGGUUCCCGGAGAGCUCGUCCGUCCCCAAGGAGGCGCUGGACGCCCUGAAGCGGGAGUUUGAGUUCUGGUACCCGGUGGACCUGCGGUGCUCGGGCAAGGACCUGGUGCAGAAUCACCUCACCUACUACAUCUACAACCACUGCGCCAUGUGGCCGGACGAGCCCGGCAAGUGGCCGCGGGCCAUCCGGGCCAACGGCCACCUGCUGCUCAACUCCUCCAAGAUGUCCAAGUCCGAGGGAAACUUCCUGACGCUCGCCGACGCAGUGGAGAAGUUCAGCGCGGACGGCAUGCGACUGUGCCUCGCAGACUCGGGGGAUUCCAUCGAAGACGCCAACUUCGUGGAGAGCACCGCGGACGCAGGUAUUCUGCGCCUGUACACAUUCAUUGAGUGGGUGAAGGAAACUCUAAACUCUCGCAAGAGUUUACGCACAGGAGCAGCAGACAAGUUUCAUGAUAAAGUAUUCCUCAGCGAGAUGAACCUGAAGAUCGCGGAGGCGGAGGAGAACUACGGCAGGAUGCUGUUCAAGGAGGCCCUGCGGACGGGCUUCUACGAGCUGCAGGCGGCGCGGGACAAGUACCGCGAGCUGUCCCUGGUGACGGGCAUGCACGGAGAGCUGGUGGACCGCUUCCUGGAGGUGCAGGCCCUGCUGCUGUCCCCGGUGUGCCCCCACGUGGCCGAGCACGUGUGGACGCUCAUCGGCAAGAGCGGCAGCGUCGUGCGCGCGCGCUGGCCGGCGGCCGGGCCCGUGGACCACCUGCUGGUCAGCUCGUCCGUGUACCUCAUGGACGCCGCGCACUCCUUCAGGCUACAGCUGAGGAACCACCUGCAGCUGCGCAAGGGCGGCGGGGAGGCGGCACGCCCCAGCCACGCGGACGUGUGGGUGGCACGCACCUACCCGCGCUGGCAGUGCGCCGUGCUGACCAUGCUGCAGCGCCUGCUCCGGGAAGGAGGCAGCCUGCCGGACAACAAGGUGAUAUCCUCGGAGCUGGCCGCCGUCGCGGAGCUGAAGAAGUACAUGAAGCGCGUGAUGCCGUUCGUGCAGGCGACGCGCGAGAAGCUGGAGGAGGUGGGCCCGGCCGCUCUGAACCUGUCCCUGGACUAUGACGAGCGGGGCGUGCUGGCCGAGAACCUGGUCUACCUGGAGAACACCCUGGACCUUGAGAACAUAGACCUGAAGUACGCGAGCGAAGGCCCCGAGAAGAUCAGCGAGGAAUGCCGUCCUGGCCGGCCGCUCAUCUCGUUCUCGGUGCGGCCGAGCGUGAAGCUCACCUUGGUGAACCCCCAGCCCAGGAACGGGUUGUUCUCGCACACGCUGAAUGUCGGCACCGGCGACAAUGUGGCGAAGAUCGCAGCUCGUCUCGCUCGGGAGAACAGGGUCAUCGCGGAGUCGCGCUGCGUGGAGCUGUGGCGGUACGAAGACGCGCUGCUGGGCCCCCGGAGGUUCCCGGAGAGCGGCUCGCCCACGGCUGGAGCCGUGCGGAUCGAGGAGAACGCCGUGUUCUCUGCGGACGUCCAGGGAAACAGCGUGAGCGUUUCCAAAAACGGCUUCAAGCACCCGGUGGGGUCCACAAUUCUGUACAUCGUCAACUGAAUCUUUGUAUUAAAUACUUUGGAAUUUA